CAGUAAAUUUGGCACGCGUUUGAAAUAUCAGCAUCGAUCUCCUCGGAAAUAAAAGUUUCCUUACUUUGAAAGUUGAUGUUGAUGUAUUGCGUGUCAGACUGUCCAUCCCUUCUCUGCUUACACGUUCCUGUCUUUAUCCAUACUCUAUUUAAAGGAACGAAUGGACCCGCACCUGUUUUUAGCGAUCGGGUGUCUUUUGACAGUUUCUUUAGCACUCCCCCUUUUUUAAUGUAUGUCACCCUCGUUUGUUUCAGUGUCCCUCCGGGUGGACUGCACAUAAGUGUUAAGCUAAAGCUUGACUAUUUUCCUUGAAUUCACGCCUCACCUUUUAUAUUCUUUUUGUUUUGGACGUCCAUCAGCAUUUGCUCCACUUGAUACAAAACAUAAAGUCAGUCGGAUUUACUUAACCAUUUUCUGUCAGCGGAUUUGCUACUAAAUAGAACUUUACCAUGGCUGAAGCAGGACGUCCCGAUGAACAGAGAAGCGACUCGGCAGGAGACGAGUUCAAUGAAAUUAUAAGGACGAGAUCCGAUGAAAGAGAAGAUGUUCAAAAGAAAACAUUCACAAAAUGGAUAAACUCUCAGUUCGCCAAGGCUGGGAAAUCACAGAUUCAAGAUCUCUUCACUGACCUUCGAGAUGGCAGGCAGCUGUUGGAGCUUCUGGAAGGCUUAGCUGGCCAUGAACUAGCAAAGGAAAAGGGCUUUACAAGGGUUCAUGCCCUCAACAAUGUAAAUCGAGCCCUGCAAGUUCUGCAAAAAAAUAAUGUUGAACUUGUAAACAUUGGUGGCGCUGAUAUUGUCGAUGGAAACCAUAAACUGACACUGGGCUUAAUCUGGAGUAUCAUCCUCCACUGGCAGGUAAAAGAUGUAAUGAAAAAUAUCAUGGCAGGUUUGCAGCAGACAAACAGUGAGAAGAUCUUAUUAAGUUGGGUACGCCAGUUAACUCGGGACUAUCAGCAAGUCAAUGUUGUCAACUUUACCACCAGCUGGUCGGAUGGGAUCGCCUUCAAUGCACUCAUUCAUAGUCACAGGCCUGACCUCUUUGAGUGGAACAACGUACUGAAGCUGCAGUCAGCCGCUGAAAAGCUGGACCAUGCUUUCAACACUGCCAAACAGCACCUGGGCAUUGAAAAACUGCUUGAUCCUGAAGAUGUCGCGACUGCACAUCCAGACAAGAAGUCCAUCAUCAUGUAUGUCACAUCACUGUUUCAAGUUCUGCCUCAGCAAGUAACCAUUGAAGCCAUCCAGGAAGUGGAGAUGCUCCCAAGGCCAACAAAGUUCACCCCGGAGGGACAUUUUCAACUCCAGCACCAACAACGCUAUUCUCAACAGAUCACAGUCAGUGUUGCACAGGGUCGUGUUCGUACUCCUUCACCUUCUCCUAAGCCACGUUACAAAAGCUAUGCCUACACGCAAGCUGCUUAUGUCACAUCACCUGACCAAAAAAGACGGCGUUUUUCCCCUCAGCCUGAAGGCCUGGGAGACGACACAGUUGGCAGCCUGUUGAUGGAGCCAGAAGUUCAUCUGGACAGUUACCAGAGUGCCUUGGAAGAAGUGUUAACGUGGCUGCUGUCAGCCGAGGACACACUGCACUCACAGAAGGAAAUAUCUCGUGAUGUAGAAGAGGUCAAAGAGCAGUUUCAUACCCAUGAGGGCUUCAUGGUGGAAUUAACAUCUCAUCAGGGCAAUGUGGGCAAAGUCCUCCAGGCAGGGAGCCAGUUGCUCUCUGUAGGAAAACUAACAGAAGAUGAAGAAAAUGAGAUUGAGGAACAAAUGAACCUUCUGAAUUCUCGAUGGGAAAAUCUCAGGGUAGCCAGCAUGGAGAGGCAAAGCAAACUUCAUGAAGUUUUAAUGGAUCUUCAACAUCAACAGUUGCAGCAGCUAGCUGACUGGUUAGGAGCAACGGAAGCAAGAAUAAACAAAAUGGAGAUAGAGCUACUGGGCCCUGAUCUGGAGGACGUUAAACAUCAAGUGGAAAAACAUAAACUACUUCAAGAAGAUCUAGAAACUGAACAAGUGCGGGUGAACUCUUUGACUCACAUGGUGGUAGUAGUCGAUGAGAGCAGUGGAGACAGUGCCACAGCUGCCCUGGAGGAGAAACUGCAGCAUCUGGGAGAGAGAUGGGCUGCUAUCUGCAAAUGGACAGAAGAGCGAUGGAUCCUUUUGCAAGAAAUUUUGCUGAAGUGGCAACACUUCACUGAAGAACAGUGCCUAUUUGAUGCUUGGCUGACUGAAAAAGAAGAUACAGUUAACAAAAUUCAGACAACGGGAUUUAAAGACCAAAAUGAAAUGGUGGCCAAUCUAAGAAAAUUAGCAAUGUUGAAGGGAGAGUUGGAAAUGAAAAGACAUACGAUGGACAAGCUGUGCUCUCUCAGCAAGGACCUCCUGUCAGCCAUGAAAAGCAAGAAUGUGGCUGAAAAACUUGAAGCUCGUCUGGAGAAUAUUGCCCGGCGAUGGGAUGCUCUCGUGCAGACUCUAGAGAGAAACUCAGUGCAGAUUUCACAGGCUGUCAGUGCUGCUCAGACAUCAGCAGCACAAGCCUCCAUGAUAGAAACUGUAACUAUGGUGACUAGAGAGCAGACCCUAGUUAAAACUGUUAAAGAGGAACUCCCUCCAGCUCCACCCCAAAAGAAGAGGCAGCUUGUGGUAGAUUCUGAACUUCGCAAGAGGUUUGAUGUGGACAGCACUGAGUUGCACAGCUGGAUGACAAGAUCUGAAGCCAUUCUGCAGAGCCCAGAGUUUGGUGUUUCUCGGAAAGAAGGGAGUGUGUCAGAACUGCAAGAACGUGUUAAUGCUAUUGAGAAGGAAAAACCAGAGAAGCUCAGAAAACUCCAAGAUGCCAGCAGAUCGGCUCAGGCUUUGGUGGAACAGAUGGUGAAUGAGGGACUAAAUGCUGAUGACAUCAGGCAGGCCUCAGAGCAGUUGAAUACUCGCUGGGUCGAGUUCUGUCAGCUGCUAGGAGAAAGACUGGCUUGGCUUGACUACCAGAAUAAGAUUACUGCCUUUUACAGCCAACUCCAACAGCUUGAGCAGACAGUUGCUACUACAGAGAACUGGUUGAAGAGUCAACAACCACCAGCAACAGAGGCUGAACCCAUUAAAAUCCAGUUGGAGAAAUGCAAGGAUGAAGUAGCACGAUUAUCCAACCUUCAGCCACAGGUUGAAAAGUUGAAGGAUCAAGAGAAGCAUUUAAAAGAAAAAGAAGAAGUACCAAUGUUUCUUGAGGCUGAUAUCACAGCACUUAUUACCCGUUAUAAGCAGGUUCUAGCUGACCUUCAGGCGAGAGAAAACCUUCUCAACAAAAUUCUCAACAGCCUUCCUCCCGCACGUUAUAAGGAGACAGUUACUACUAUUCAUUUCUGGAUACAGCAGGCUGAAACUAAACUCACAUUACCUCAGGUUACUGUUACAAAUUAUGAAGUCAUGGAGCAGAGACUGAAGGACCUCAAGAGCUUACAGGGUUCCUUGCAAGAGCAGCAGGAAGGUCUCAACUACCUAACUUCAACAAUGGAGGAUGUUUGCAAGAAAGCUCCAUUGGAAAUUAGCCAAAAAUACAGAGCUGAAAUUGAAGCUAUUCUUUGUCGCUGGAAGAAGCUGUCAACACAACUUGGGGAGCAAAUUCAAAAACUUGAGGAGCUGAUGACAAAACUUCAACAAUUUCAGAAUGACACUAAAACACUGAAGAAAUGGAUUGCAGAGGUGGAUGUUUUUCUAAAUGAGGAAUGGCCAGCCUUGGGAGAUUCAGAAGCACUCGAGAAGCAAUUGGAGCAAUGUACUGCUCUUGUGAAUGAUAUCCAAACUAUUCAGCCUAGUCUUAAUGGCAUUAAUGAUGUGGGCCAGAUUCUGAAGAAUGAGGCUGAACCUGCAUUUUCCAUCAAGCUUCAGGAAGAACUGACUGAGCUCAAUGCUCAGUGGGACAGUGUGUGCAAACAGGCCUAUGCAAAAAAAUCUGCUUUGAAAGGAGGGCUGGACAAGACGAUAAGUCUCCGAAAAGACCUGUCUGAGAUGCAAGAGUGGAUAUCACAGGCUGAAGAGGAUUAUCUGGAGAGGGACUUUGAGUACAAAUCCCCUGAAGAAUUAAAAAAGGCAGUGGAAGAAUUAAAGAGGGCUAAAGAGGAAGUUGAACAGAAGGAAGUUAAAGUCAAACUACUCACAGAUUCGGUGAAUGGUUUCAUAGCAAAAUCUCCACCUGCCGCUCAUGAGGCCUUAAAAUCAGAGCUUAAUGUUUUGACAUCCAACUACCAGAGACUCUGUAGCCGACUGAAUGGGAAAUGUAAAACAUUAGAGGAGGUCUGGUCUUGCUGGUGUGAGCUUUUGUCAUAUUUGGAGUCAGAGAACAGAUGGCUUGAUGAACUAGAAUCAAAGCUGAGAGCCACAGACAAUAUCCAGGGGGGUGCAGAAGAGAUCUCAGAAGCAAUGGAUUCUUUAGAGAGUGUCAUGCGCCAUCCAGAUGACAAUCGUAAUCAGAUUCGGGAGCUUGCCCAAACUCUUACAGAUGGAGGUAUUUUAGAUGAGUUGAUCAACGAGAAACUAGAGACCUUCAAUAUUCGCUGGGAAGAACUUCAGCUGCAGGCUGUAAGUAGACAGAAGGCUCUUGAGCAAAGCAUUCAGUCUGCACAAGAGAAUGACAAAGCCUUACGCCUAAUCCAGGAAUCACUUUCUACUAUUGAUCGUCACCUAUCAUCCUACAUUGCCGAUCACAUUGAUGCUUCUCAGAUACCACAGGAAGCACAGAAAAUUCAAACUGAGUUAACUGGACAUGAAUGUAGCCUAGAAGAAAUGAAAAAGAAAAACCUUACAAAGGAUGGUUCAGAGAGAAUUCUAUCACAGAUUGACAUAACACAGAAAAAGCUUCAAGAUGUUUCUGUGAAGUUUCGCCUCUUUCAGAAGCCAGCCAAUUUUGAACAGCGUCUGCAGGAGUGCAAGCUGGUUUUGGAUGAUGUUAAAGCUAAGUUGCCUGUGUUGGAGAUGAGAAGUGUGGAACAAGAUGUUGUCCAGUCUCAACUGGACCAAUGCAUGAAGUUUUAUAAAAGUUUGAGUGAAGUGAAGUCUGAAGUUGAAACAGUGAUUAAAACGGGUCGACAGAUUGUCCAAAAACAACAGACUGAAAAUCCUAAAGAGCUGGAUGACAGACUAACAGCUUUAAAGCUGCAAUACAAUGAGCUGGGUGCUCAGGUGACGGAAGGAAAACAGGAGCUGGAGAAAUGCUUAAAAUUGUCUCGGAAGUUGAGAAAGGAGGUGAACACCCUGACAGAAUGGCUGGCAGCGACAGACGCAGAAUUGACAAAACGAUCUGCUGUGGAGGGGAUGCCCACUAAUUUGGAUGCUGAAGUGGCCUGGGGCAAGGCAAUCCAAAAGGAAACUGAGAAGCACCAGCAGCAGCUUAAGAAUGUGUCAGAAUUGGCUGAAGCUCUAAAAGCUGUUCUUCAUGGUAAAGAAAACCUAGUAGAUGAUAAAGUCAGCCUUCUGAAUUGUAAUUGGAUAGCAGUGACAUCAAGAGCUGAAGAGUGGCUCAAUCUUCUUCUGGAUUAUCAAAACCAAAUGGAGAUUUUCGACCAGAAUAUUGCACAGAUCACUGCUUGGAUUUACCGUGCUGAGAUACUUUUAGACGAAUCAGAAAAGCAAGACUCACAGGAGAAAGUAUUAAAGAAUUUGAAAUCUGAGUUAAAUGACACUGGUGCGAAGAUGGAUGUAGUGCGUACUCAGGCCGAGGAACUAAUUAAGAAUCGUGGAGAACACUGCAGAGUGGUAGUGGAGCCAAGGUUAGCAGAAUUAAAUCAGAGAUUUGAUGCCAUAUCCAAGAGGAUACAAGUUGGGAAGCAGCUAAGCCCUACACCUUCAGCCAUUUCAGUGGUGUCGACUCCAGAUGAGGAGCUAAAGACACAGAGGAGUUUUCUAGCUGUACAGCAUAAAGUGCAGCAAGAGGCCCCAAUUUCCUACAAAGAUGUGGAUCAGUAUCAUGCAGAUGCACAGAAAUGGCUCGAACACUUGGAGACAGAAGUUCAACAGGGAGAAAACCUGAAAGAAGGGGAUUUUCAAAAAGAUGCGGGUGAAGCCGAAGAAUUAGCAGUGAAAGAGCUACUGCAAAAGGGAGAGCACCUGCAGCAAAGAGUCCUGGAUGAAAGAAAACGUGAAGAAAUACGGAAAAAGCAACACUUAUUGAAUACUAAAUAUAACAUUGUUAAGGAUUUACGAUCUAUAAGGAAGAAAAAGGCUCUUGCAAUUUCUCCUCAAUGGUACCAGUAUAAGAGGCAAACCGAUGACCUAUUGCAGUGGCUUGAUGAAAUUGAGAAAAAAGUAGCCAGCCUACCAGAUCCCAGGGAUGACCAAAGGAUGAAGGAUAUUGAUGCUGAUCUGGAGAAGAAGAGAGAAGACCUGAAUGCACUGAACAGGCAGGCUCAAAGUCUGUCAAGGGAAGGGGCUGCAAUGGCAGUGGAGCCAAGCUUGAUCCAGCUCAGCAAACGCUGGCAAGAAAUAGAGAGCAAAUUUGCUCAGUUCCGACGCCUGAACCUUGCUCAAAUUCACACAAUUUAUGAGGAGAAGACUAUCGUGACCAGUGAAGAACCAUUUUCGGAGACAUCUCAUGUGCCUUCUGUCUAUCUUGCCGAAAUAUACCGGCUGCUUCAGUCCAUUGCUGAGGUGGAGUUUCUACUCAACUCCCCAGAAUACUGGGCUAGCAACUUCCAUGACUUCUCAAAGCAAGAGGACUGCCUGAAGAAUGUAAAAGCCAGCAUGGGGAAACUGUCUCUGUGGGUAGACAGCAUCCACAACAGGAAGUCCAAGACCCUUCAGAAUGCAACUCCAUCUGAAGCAGAACAGAUCUCCAAUGCCCUGUGUCAGUUAGAUGCCCGCUGGGAGAAAGUUAACAAGCUGCACAGGGACCGACGCAUGAGGUUUGACAGAUCUUUGGAGAAAUGGCAACAGUUCCAUAGUGACUUAAAAAGCCUUGCCCAGUGGCUGAGUGAAGCAGAACGUAUUCUGGCUGAUACACACCUUGAUCCUAGCAGCCCAGAUCAAACCAAAGUUAAAGAAAAUCUCAAGGUGCUGCAACAUGGUAUUGACAACCACCAAGCAGUUGUGGCAGCGAUAAAUGUAACAGGAGAAGAGAUCCUCCAAGAUACUCCAUCAGAAGACACUGGCAUCUUUAAGGGGAAACUUGCCACUGUCAACAAUCGGUGGCAGGAAGUGUGUCGCCUAGUGAAUGAAAGACGAAAAAGAGUACAUGAAGAAAAGAACAUCUUGUCAGGACUUCAAGAAGAUCUGAAUGAAUUUAACUUUUGGCUGGAGGAGGCAGAUAGCAUUGCUGCUAUUCAUCUAGAACCAGGAAAUGAGCAACAACUUAAAGACUCCUUAGAGAAAGUUAAGGUAAGAGUGGAAGAGUUACCACCCCACAAAAAAGCACUAAAGCAUCUGAAUGAAACUGGAAGUCUCAUUCUUGGAAGCACAGCACUUUCACCUGAAGAACAAAAGAAAUUACAGGUUGAACUUAAAGAAGCCAACAGUCACUGGGCACAGGUGUCUAGAAAUUUGCCAGAAAAGCAAUACGAAACUGAAGAUCUGCUCAGAAGACUUUCACAGUUCCAGCUGCAACUUAACCAACUGGCUUUCUGGGCAUCCUCAACAAAAGACCAACUCCAGUUAUACAGACAGGUUGGAAUCCCAGGGGCAUUCGACACAAAGGACACUGAAAACGCUGUUAAGGCCAAACAAGCAGAUGUGGAUGGGAUCUUAUCAACAGCAGAUCACUUAUAUAGGGAGAAACCCCUCACUCAGCCAAUAAAGGGUAAACUUGAAGAUCUGCGCUCUGAUUGGAAAACAAUCAGUAUUUUACUUCAGCAAUUGAAAGCAAAACCAGAAGCUGGAGCAACAAGUGUCAUUUCUACUGGUGCUCGUCAACCAGCCACAGUAGUGACACAGACCCUAGUCACCAAAGAAAGCACACUCUCAAAAGUGGAAAUGCCAUCCUCUUUGCUUGUGGAAGUUCCAGCUCUAGCUGACUUUAAUAAGGCAUGGGCAGAGCUCACAGAUUGGCUGUCCCUAUUGGAUCAUGUGAUCAAAACUCAAAUAGUCACUGUGGGGGACCUUGAAGAAAUUAAUGAUAUGAUUGUCAAACAGAAGGCCACUUUGCACGAUUUGGAACAGAGACGUCCUCAGCUAGAUGAUUUGAUCACGGCUGCCCAAAAUCUCAAAAAUAAGACAAGCAAUCAGGAGGCUCGGGCAGUUAUCACAGAUCGAAUUGACAAGAUUCAGGUUCAAUGGGAAGAAGUACUUGGUCGGCUUCAGUCUCGGCGACAACAAUUACAGGACAUGCUGCAUGACUCCAGUCAGUGGCUUGAUGCAAAGCAAGAAGCUGAACAGGUACUGGAGAGAGCUAAAGCCAGGCUGGAGUCUUGGAGGGAAAUCUCUUAUACGGUGGAUGCUUUGAAGAGGCAAAAUGCAGAUUUAAAGCAAUUUGUCAAAGAACUUCGGCAAUGGCAGAUUAACAUCGAUGUUGCCAAUGACCUUGCUCGCAAGCUACUGCGGGACUACUCUGCUGAUGACACCAGAAAAGUGGAGUUGAUGACGGAGAACAUAAGCAGUUCUUGGGCAAAUAUUAACAAAAAAGUGGGUGAACGGGAGGCAGCCCUAGAAGCUGCUCUUCGCCUAUUGCAACAGUUCUACUUGGAUCUGGAGAAGUUUCUUAGCUGGUUAACAGAAGCUGAAACAACUGCCAAUGUUCUUCAGGAUGCUACCCACAAGGAGGGUAUCCUGGAUGAUGCCCAUGUAGUUCGAGAGCUUCUGAAACAGUGGCAGGACCUGCAAGCUGAAAUUGAAGCCCAUACAGAAGUGUUCCACAAUCUGGAUGAAAAUGGACAAAGAAUCCUAAAGUCUCUGGAGGGCUCUGAAGAUGCUACACUGCUGCAGCGCCGUUUGGAUAACAUGAAUGUCAGAUGGAGCGAUCUGCGCAAGAAGUCAUUGAAUAUUAGAUCUCAUCUGGAGGCCAGCAGCGAGCAGUGGAAGAGACUACACCUUUCCCUUCAAGAACUUCUUGCUUGGCUCCAGCUAAAGAAUGAUGAACUGCAGAGACAGAAACCUGUUGGAGGGGACGUUCCUGCAGUUCAGAAGCAACUGGACACACAUCGGGCUUUCAAGCGGGAGCUGAAAGCUAAAGAGCCAGUUAUCUUGACUUCUCUGGAGACUGUGCAGAUGUUUCUGUCAGAGCAGCCAGUGGAGGGACUAGAGAGGCUUUACCACGAGCCAAGAGAUAUCACACCCGAGGAACGGGCUCAGAACAUCUCGCGGAUACUUCGUAAGCAGUCGGAUGAUGUGAAAAUAGAAUGGGAGAGACUAAAUAAACGCUCUGCCGAUUGGCAGAAGAAACUAGAGGACUCCCUUGAACGACUGCUUGAGCUUCAGGAAGCUAUGGAUGAACUGGACAUGAAGCUUCGUCAGGGUGAGGCCAUCAAGCAGUCUUGGCAGCCAGUGGGAGACCUCCUCAUUGACUCUCUACAGGAUCAAAUUGAAAAAAUAAAGGCUUUUCGCAUGGAAGUGGCUCCAAUUAAGGAAAAUGUCAAUCAGGUGAACAAUAUGGCUGCCCAGUUCACUCCUCCUGACAUCCAGCUGUCAGCUAACAACCUUAACCACAUCGAGGAUCUCAACAACCGUUGGAAGCUCCUCCAGGUUUCCAUGGAAACCUCCAGAAACUCAGGGCAAAUGAAGGAGGGAGGAGAGAUCUCCAAGGUGUCCAUCGAGGAACGCCUGAAACAGCUGCAUGAAGCCCACAGGGACUUUGGCCCAACAUCACAGCACUUCCUCUCCACUUCUGUCCAGGGUCCCUGGGAGCGGGCAAUCUCACCAAACAAAGUACCCUACUACAUCAAGCCAGACAAAGAAAAAGGGCCUCUGGCACUCACCAGGACAGAAGAAAAAGAAAGCCACCAAACACAGACCACCUGCUGGGAUCAUCCUAAGAUGACUGAACUGUACCAGUCACUGGCUGACCUGAACAAUGUCAGAUUCUCUGCCUACAGAACAGCCAUGAAGCUGCGUAGAUUACAGAAAGCUCUAUGCUUGGAUCUCUUGGGCCUGUCAGCAGCGUGUGAUGCCUUUGACCAGCACAACCUCAAACAGAAUGAGCAGCUUAUGGACAUCCUGCAGAUAAUUAACUGCUUGACCACAAUCUAUGACCGGCUGGAACAGGAGAACAACAACCUAGUGAAUGUGCCCCUCUGUGUGGAUAUGUGCUUGAACUGGCUUCUAAAUGUCUAUGACACAGGCAGAACUGGCAAGAUUCGCAUACUGUCAUUCAAGACGGGCAUUGUUUCCCUAUGUAAGGCACAUCUGGAAGACAAAUACAGAUACCUGUUCAAGCAGGUGGCCAGUCCCACUGGAUUCUGUGAUCAGAGAAGACUCGGCCUUCUCUUGCAUGAUUCCAUCCAGAUUCCACGUCAGCUUGGAGAGGUAGCAUCCUUUGGUGGCAGUAACAUUGAGCCCAGUGUCAGAAGUUGCUUUCAGUUUGCCAAUAAUAAACCAGAGGUUGAAGCUGCAUUGUUCCUUGACUGGAUGAGGCUUGAGCCACAAUCUAUGGUCUGGUUACCAGUAUUGCACAGAGUGGCUGCAGCUGAAACAGCCAAACAUCAGGCUAAAUGCAACAUUUGCAAAGAAUGCCCUAUUAUAGGUUUCAGGUAUAGAAGUUUAAAGCACUUUAAUUAUGACAUCUGCCAAAGCUGUUUUUUCUCUGGACGUGUUGCAAAAGGACAUAAAAUGCAAUAUCCUAUGGUAGAGUACUGUACACCGACCACAUCAGGUGAAGAUGUAAGAGACUUUGCAAAAGUGUUGAAAAAUAAGUUCAGAACCAAGAGAUAUUUUGCCAAGCACCCCCGGAUGGGAUAUUUACCAGUUCAGACUGUGCUCGAGGGGGACAAUAUGGAAACUCCUGUUACUCUGAUCAACUUCUGGCCGGUAGAUUAUGCACCUGCAUCAUCUCCACAACUGUCACAUGAUGAUACGCAUUCACGGAUUGAACAUUACGCUAGCAGGCUAGCUGAAAUGGAGAAUCGAAAUGGAUCAUAUCUCAAUGACAGUAUCUCACCUAAUGAAAGCAUAGAUGAUGAGCACUUGCUAAUCCAGCAUUACUGCCAGAGCUUGAAUCAGGAGUCACCCUUGAGUCAGCCCCGUAGCCCUGCCCAGAUUCUCAUCUCCUUGGAAAAUGAAGAGAGAGGAGAACUUGAAAGAGUCCUCAGCGACCUAGAGGAAGAAAACCGAAACCUGCAGGCCGAGUAUGACCGGUUGAAACAGGCACAUGAAAACAAGGGCCUAUCCCCACUGCCGUCCCCCCCAGAGAUGUUGCCUAUUUCUCCACAAAGUCCCAGAGAUGCUGAACUGAUAGCUGAAGCAAAGCUCCUCCGUCAGCAUAAAGGACGCCUGGAAGCCCGAAUGCAGAUCCUAGAAGAUCAUAAUAAACAGCUUGAAUCACAGCUGCAUAGGCUAAGACAGCUGCUGGAACAGCCCCAGGCAGAAGCAAAGGUCAAUGGCACUACCGUCUCUUCUCCUUCUACCUCCUCCCAGCGAUCAGACACCAGUCAGCCAAUGCUCCUCCGUGUGGUUGGCAGCCAGACUACAGAAACCAUGGGUGAGGACGAUCUUUUAAGCCCACCCCAAGGAGCUAGCACAGGCUUGGAGGAAGUAAUGGAACAGCUCAACAACUCAUUUCCAACCACAAGAGGUAACAAUGUAGGGAGCCUUUUCCACAUGGCAGACGAUUUGGGCAGAGCGAUGGAAACUUUGGUUUCGGUCAUGACGGACGAUGAAGCUUUAGAGUAACAAGAGUUUUCCUACAUCACUGACUUCUGAAUAACAAGCAUGGUUUUUUUGUAAUACUUCAUAUGAAAAGGAUUGGACUGUAUUCGUUUACAAGAGAAAAAAAAAUCUAUAUUUUUGUGAAGGGUAGUGGUAAUAAAACUGUAGAUUUCAGUAGUUUCCUAAGUCUAAUAUUGUUUUGUUAACAAUGGCAGGUUUUACACUUCUAUGCAAUUGUACAAAAAAUUAAAACUACAUGUAAAAUCUUGUUCGUUGAAUAACUUGCCAUUUCUUUGUAUGGAACGCGUUUCGGAUUGUUUAAAAACAUUUGUAACAAUUAUAGAGAAAGAUUGUAAAACAAAAGGGUGCUUUAUAAAUUACAUACAUUUUAUUGUUUAUAAAAAACAAAACAAAAAAAAACAUUAAAAGGCAAUGCAUUUGAUUUGCUACAUUACAGCUAUGUAAUUUGUGUAGUUACAAGUGUUCAUUAUCAGUGUUACUUUCCUUGCUUUAUCAAAGAAAUAUUGUAUAAUGAUACCAAAUUAUUCAUGAGGUCAUCUGUCAUCUGUUUUUCUCUAGGGCUUGGGACAGGUCAGAAAAAAAUUAAAAAAUAAAACAUCUCCUUAUUUAAAAAAAAAAAAGAAAAAAACAAGGAAGGCGAUAAACAGAGCGGUGCUGCUCUACUGUGGCCCGACACUUGGUGUAUUAAAGCAGAAAUGGAUGAAAUGUUUUUAUCGGCCAUCACAAAUUCCCAUUCGGAUGCUUCACUUCUUUUUUUUUUUCUUUCAAUUUUUUAAUUCUGCGGUGUUUGGUACUUCGCUAACCAUUGCAAUUGUGAAUAGCUCUAAUUUGUUUUAUUUUCAAGCAUGAAUUUGCCUUAAAGUCGUUCAAACUUAGAUCAUUAAAAUAAUGUCAGUUUGUUUCCUGAUGUAAACAAAAUAAAUUACUCAAGGUAUAUUUUAACAAAAUGGAAACUAAUAGCAAGUAAUCGAAGUAGAUUGUAAACCUCAACUUAUAUUUGUCCCAGUCCUAGCUGAGUUUGUGUAUCUACUAGACUCUUGAAUCCAAGAACCUUCGCACAGUUGUAUCAAUUGGGGAACUGCUAGCAUUUCACUUCAUUUGGCUCGGGAUUUUCUAGAUUUCUUGGAGGGGGUUGCCCGAAACAAUUUUUUUGGACAUUAGUAAGUUUUAUAAUCAUGCAAUUUCUACCUCUGUUUUGUUUAAUGGUACUCUUUACAAAAAUGGCAUGAUGACCAUCUUUCUUUGUUUUCCACCGCGCAAUGUGCAAAACACUUUACUGUACCUCCAUUCAAGUAAUGUCCUGCAUUAUUCAUUUAACAUGUUGUUUUGUUCAGAGGUCUGUAUUAUGAACCUCCUCUCAUCAAUAAGGACACUGAAUCAAUUUUCUGUUUUUAUUUUUUGAACCUUUCAUUUUCACACUUUCUUAGUAAACAUAUUGAGUUAAUUUGCAUGAUAGUUUUAUUUACGGUUUUUGCCUGAAUUGAGUUUUGGAGUUGUGUUUUUUUUUUCUUUUCCUUUUCUUUUUUUUUGAUUUUAAUGCUUUCAUAAUUUGAACUAAAGCAGUUUAAUGGUUUGUCAUUGCUUUAAUUUUCAGGAUAAGAAUAUGUUGAAUUAACAUGCAUAACCAAGAAAGUGUUACGUAAAAAUCAACGAUAACACAGCUCACUAUCUGUGUCAUUAAAGCAUGAUACCUUUUAUUUACUCAGAUGUUAUGAUCCUUUAACCCAGUAUUGUGACAUUUCAUUAUUUUACCAGUCUCGUUUUAUUUUAUCACAACAUAUCAAACUCCACCAAAUAUAUGCCUUACUAUUGUAUUAUAAAUUGCUUUACUGUGUAUACCAAUAAAGCACGCAAUUAUGUUAAA